AUGGGGAUGGGGUGGAGGAUCUUGAAAUUUGCGUCGGCCAUUGCUUUCGGCUGCGUUAUUUUCAGGCGAUUUUUUUGGCCACUAUUGAAUAUUUGGUGUAUCAUUGGUUGUUUCAUCAUGAAGGGAUUAUUUGAUAUCGGUACGGCUAGCGCAACGGUGCGUCGACUGGUAGCAAUGAUUCGGGAAAAGCCUCUUAGUGAAGAGACAACCAACAUUGAGGAUGAACAUUGGCCCGAGAAAGCGGUGAAAAGUUUGGUAAAGAAACUCAAGAAAUCGAAAGCUAUCGAUGAACUGGAAAAAGCGAUUUCGACAGAAGAUCCAAAUACUGAUUGUGUUUGUAUCCCACGGUCGUUGGACGGCCGAUUGCAGGUGUCACAGCGUAAAUGUUUGCCUCAUGUGAUCUAUUGUCGAAUGUGGCGUUAUCCAGAACUUGCUUCAUCUCAUCAAUUGAAAUCUGUCCCACAUUGUCGUUUUCCAUAUAGUAAAAAGCUGGAAUCAGUUUGUGUCAAUCCUUAUCAUUAUGAAAAAAUCGAGAAUCCUCCGCUGCCUGCUAUUCUUAUACCUCGCAAUGACAAUUUGAAUGGAAUUGGCAGCUUUUCCAAUGUUGGUGAUCUUUCGAAAGCACUCCGAACCGUUUAUCCCACAGUGGAUACUAAUGAGAUGGUGACACAGGGUAUUCCGAACCGUAUUGUAACUAAUGGUGAUCAAAUAGGAUGGCAUAAUAGUCGUAAUUCUCCAACACUUUCAUCACCAAAUAUGAACAGUCCUAGCGGAAUUCAUGCUAUUAGUCUUAUGCCGUUAUCACCUACUGAGAAUACUAUGGAAAAUCGCUUAUUCUCUAUCAAAACUGAAGCAAUUUCUCCGCGUGGUUAUAUAAGUGAAGAUUUGGAAAUGGACGAGAGUCAGAGUCCGGAUUCAUCGCAAGUACUUUCACCUACUUGUGAUUCCUCGGUUACUGAACGAGCCAAUAAUUUGAAUUUAAUCGCUGUCGAAUAUUGUGAACCACCGUUUUGGUGUUCCGUAUCAUAUUAUGAGCUGUCAGAACGAGUUGGUGAAACAUUUCAUGCAUCACAGCCAUCUUUGAUUGUUGACGGAUAUACGGCACCUUCUGAUGCAGAACGUUUUUGCCUUGGUCAACUUUCUAAUGUUAACCGUACUGCUAGCGUUAUGGAAGCUCGAAAACAUAUUGGUCGUGGUGCACGUUUCUAUUAUAUAGGUAGUGAGGUGUUUUGUGAGUGCUUAAGUGAUUCGGCAAUAUUUGUACAAAGUCCAAAUUGUAAUCAGCGGCAUGGUUGGCAUCCGGCUACAGUUUGUAAAAUUCCACCGAAUUGCAACUUAAAGAUUUUUAACAAUGCCGAAUUUGCUGCACUGCUAGCUGCAUCAGUUCCGCAAGGUUUUGAAGCUGUUUAUGCUCUUACUCGAAUGUGUACUAUUCGAGUAUCUUUCGUAAAAGGUUGGGGUGCAGAGUACCGUCGUCAAACGAUCACCGCUACACCAUGUUGGAUCGAAGCAUAUCUUAAUGGUCCAUUACAAUGGCUGGAUAGUGUUUUGAAGCAGAUGGGCAGUCCACCAAAUCGGUGUACAAGCUUUACGUAG